GUCGUGGUCCGUGGCAUGUUGGCCCAAAAUGACUGCACCGCAGGGGCUCCGCGCCCCUGUGCCAGAGCGGAGGCUGCGAGUCCGCAGCAAGCCUUCCGUGAGACUUCGGCGCGGGAGCGACCUUCCAUGUCCAGCGGCCGCGUCUCGCCAUGGCUCCGCCUCCUCCUCGCGACGGCGGCGGCGCUUCUGGCGAGAGGCGCAGCACCCAACAGUCGAAGGCCGUGGCGUUCGGCUGGGCCGCGGUGGCAGCAGCAGCAGCAGCAGCAGCAGCAGCAGCAGCAGCAGCAGCAGCAGCAGCAGCAGGGAGGCGAGCGCUGUCGGCAAGCUUUCUGUCGGAAAUGCGGCACGUGGCUUCUUCGAGGGCGGCUCGCAGCACGAUCAGGAGGGGCGGAGAGCGCGUAUGUUGGCGAGCGGACUUCGUCCGCGAGGUGCUGCUGGCAGCAGAGGGCAUGGGACGUCUGCGUCCUCCAGAGGCCGCGCUUGACGUCAGGCGUCUCGCUUGCUCGCUCGCACUUGUUAUAUUCUGGCGCGAAGCGUUCGGAUCCGACUCCGUGCUUUGGUGUCCGGGAGCGCAGCGCUGCCGUGCGAGGGAACGGCACGCGGGGGUGCUUUUGCCUUCAGCUCUUCGCUGCCACUUCGCGUGUCGGCGCCAUGCUCGGCAGCUCUGUGGCGUUCUUGUCGUCUGCUCCCGCGACGCCCGUCGCGCCCGCGGUGCCGCAGCCGCUGGCCGCGCCGGCGCCGAGCGCGGGCGCCACGCCCGAGGGGGCGGCAGCUGGCCAGCGGGUCGCCGUCGCGGCGGCCGCCGGCCUGGCCGGUGCGUACCUGGGCCUCGCCAGCGGCCGCCGCAAGGCCAGGAAGCAGGCCAAAGUCGCGGCGGCCGCCGCCGAGUCCGCGGUCCUCGGGGGCAACCGUACCACAGGGUGGGAUAGGCUCGCCCUGACCUUCCAGGUUGUGGAGCAGACUGACGAGGCCUUCCGAAGCGUUCCCUGCGGCCGGGAGCUGGAGGAGACCGCGCAGGACAGGGUGUUCCACUGGCUUGGGAAGUCGCCGCAGUUCGGCUCCCCGUGCUUCGCCGCCAUGCAGAAGCACUUCCCGAAUGCGCUGCCCUCCAAGGUCGUGCACAACCGCUCGAGGACCGUGCUCGAGGAGGACCUCGGCUUCACGGCCGAGACCACCCUGCUCGGCUCCUCUUUCUGCCCUGACGAGAUCAACAACCAGGAGCGAGACUUGGCCUCGGUGAUGCGGGAGUACUACGGGCAGAUCUUCCCCAUGGGCGGCAUCGGCGGCGCACCGUACGUCGGCGAGACCGGCUUCGCCGCCUUCUCCAGCCACGUUGCGGACAACGGCGACAUCAUCGUCGUGUUCGGCCCUCACGUGGGCAUCUCCGUCGACGGCGAGGUGGGCCAGUACCUGCGCGAGGGCCAGAGUGGCAAUUCGUCUGCCUGCGGCGCGGUCAUUGGUGCCUACAAAGCGUGCCUCUGUGCCGACGCCGGCAGUACGCCCGAGAUGGAUGAGUCAGACAUGCAGAUGUCUGAGAUCUGA